GAAGAAGUCAGCACAUACAUAAGUAUUUCUCCUUAUACUACUUACCAAGCAACAACACUAAACCUUUCAAUUUGUAAAAAAGUUUUAAUUCAUCAUACUUCACGUUUACAGUAUAGGGUCAUCAUAUAUUGAGCAACAUCAAAUAUAGAAAACGUAGCGGUGGUCUCAUAUAAGAUAAUUUUUACCCAUUAUCAUCAGCUGCUUUGGUGGUUUAGUGGUAUAAUGCUUCGUUGCCAUCGAAGCGACCCGGGUUCGAUUCCCGGCCGAAGCAAUUUUUUAACCCUUUAGAUUUUUUAUACAUGGUUACAGUGAAACGUCAGAAUGCUUUUGACUAAAAAAACAAUUAAAUGCGUUAAAUCCUUUGGUUUACUGCUUUAUUAUUUUUAUUUUUUAUUAUCUUGAGAAUUGCUUUUGCCAUUCGAAGUUACCACCAAGAGUGAUUGUAUCUAAUAACGAGGUGCAGCAACACAAGAAUUCUGCCCCCACAUUCUACCAACUACACCUAGGUGGAUGGUAUUGUAUGAAACGGAGGAAUAAGAAUAAUGUCCAACGAGGAUUCGUUUGCUGGAAAACCUACUAGAAAGCGCUCAAGGGCUCAUCAAAUUGGGGACCCCAGGUUUUAUUGCACGUACCUUGAUUGCCCUAAGUCGUUCACGAGAAAAGAACACCUGCGGCGCCAUGAACGAACCCAUGAAAACUUGAAAACUUUUACAUGUUCGUUUUGUCACCGUGCAUUCGCAAGAAGUGAUGUCUUACAUCGCCAUGUACAACAAAUGCAUAUACAAAAACAGGGUCUUUAUGAAAAAUUGCUUGCUUCUCCUUCCUCAUCUCAUAUAUUCUCUAAAGAAUUUCAUGAUGUAACUCCUAACGCUUCUCACAAUCCUUCUGUGAACCCAGAUUUGGUCCAAGUAUCUGCAAGCAUGAUGCAGCCUACCCAACCAAAUUCCAUGGCAGGCCGUCCUGGACAUGCGAACUCGUCGGCUACUUCUUCAGUUGUACCUACCCAAGCUCUUCCGUCCUCUCCUUCGAAAGUCUUUGAAAAAUCCGAUAUUUUAGUUAAUAAUCCUGAUGCGAACUUUUUUCAUAAUCACGCUAAUCGCGGUCUAAACGUUGAUUUAGCUUCUUUCUCAUCACCUCCUCCGUCCUCUUUGAAUGUAAAAAUCCCUACUCAACGGCCCCCAAUUCCCAUGUCCCAACAGAUGGAUCCUUCUUUAAUUCCAAACCCUCGGAGUUCUUCUUCUCUUUAUGAAGAAUUCUUUCAAUUAGAUUCGACUCCCGAUGGUUGCACACGCUUGGAUCUUUUUCAUGACUCUCUUUGCGUGUUGAAAAAUAGGUCAUUUGCAAGUUCAGCAAAAACAAUGGAUGAUAAUUUGCGCUGGUUUUUUCCUACUUCUAAUAAAAAUAAGAAAAGGCAAAGAUAUGAUUCUUCGUCCCCAUUACAAUCUCCGGUGGAUUCUACUUUGAGCCGGGAUGACGCGCUUCCCAACUUGAAUAGAACAUUCUUAAACUAUUACUUUACAGCUACUGGUCCUAUGUAUGUGGCUCAAAAAUGCCCUUUAUUCGUACAUGCCAAUCUUUUGGGGUACUUAAAAAAUCACCACAUGCUCUCAAUCGAUUAUUUGAACAUGGUCACUCCAGAGUCGAUUAGUACAUGGGUGAAUGCUUAUUGGUCUUAUUUUCAUAUCCGCUGGCCAAUCUUACAUAGAGGCACUUUCCAGUUAUCUCAAACUCCUUUAGAAUUACUUUUGGCAAUGAUUACGCUGGGAAUGCAUUUCACUAGUAAUCCUUCGGAUCGCCUUCUUGCUAUUGAAAUUCAUUCGAAGCUUCGCUUUUUUGUUUAUGAGAAGGAAGAAUUUAUUCCACCUAUACCACUAUGGAUCUAUCAAAUGCUAUUAUUAAUCCAAAUUUUUGAAAUGCUAACAAGUACGAUUCAUCAGCAUCGCUUGUCUCAGCUAUUUCAUCCUGUGUUAAUUGAGGCUUUACGACAGGCAAAUCCGGAAGAAGCAUUGACUGUUCAUUCCGAAACCUUCAGCGUUGACUCGAAUUCCUCUUUACAAUAUUGGCAUAAAUGGAUUACCAGAGAAUCUGUCAAGCGAUUAAUUUUUGGCUGUUUCUCUCUGGACGCGAUAUGCGUUCUGAUUUUUGGAAACCAGCCUUUACUGUGUGUAACAGACGUAGCGUUGCCAUUAUUUGCUGAUGAGCAUCAUUGGGAAGCAGAGAAUUUUGAGGUAUGGGCGAGUCAAAAACCUCUUGAUGAGCCGCCUACAAUUUUGCAUAUGCUAAGGGCCUUCAUUCAGAAUGAAACAGUGUCGUUCAUGGAGUCUCCUUGGAAUAUGCUGCUGAUUUUACAUGGGUUGGUGUCGGUGGAUGUAGCAGUAAAACAGAAAAAGUUUGUACCCGGCCUCAAGCUUAGCAAGCGUGAAAUUGACAAUUGGUGCAAUAUUAUAUAUGAAACAUAUAAACGAUGGCAUUCGAAGUUUCAUGAACAAUUCGUUCAGUCUGGAACGCUGCCUGCUAAGCAUCCAUUUGUCAAAGAAUGCUUUGCGUUGUACCAUUUGGCAGCUUUUUACUCGAAAACUAAACUCACUUAUAUUCAAUCCUACGCCAACUCUAUUUCCUCAAAAUACAAAGAAAUUGAGUCUGUCAAAUGCAACGUUCCUAUAAAAUAUGUGGACCUGUGGGCAAACAGUGAAAAUGCUAAAAUUUCAAUUUGCCAUGCUAUUGAUGUGAUGGAAAUGAUGAUUCAUGAAGACUUGAAUGUGACCACACCAUUUACUACUCUCCUAUAUUAUCCAUGGUCAUUUUAUAUCGCAGCACUUGUACUAUGGAGUUUCGGGUAUUCCAAAACUAAGCAGAGUGUUAAAAUUGAUUAUAACAAAAAUUUUCGGUUACAAACUAGUACAUACGUAUCGAAGAUGCGACAUUUAUUAUAUGAAAACGGAAGUGAUGAUCCUGAUACCAUUUAUAGCAAGACUCAACCUAUUCUUCACAUGACUUUGCGUUUAUUAGAGACCUAUCCAUGGCAAAUUUUACGGACUAACAUGGAAACUAUUCGAUCAUUGAUUUCAGAUCUAUGAAAUGACUCAGUUACCUUGGAGUGAAUCAAAAUAAAACUAAACUUAAGCUUGUUACUAAUCCUAAUUCGCUAAUAAUUUCCGCUUAGUUUUUAUUUUUAUCUUGUGUAGCUCAAUGUCAAUCGCUUCUUUGAAU